AUGUGUCUCGUGGACUGCAGCGCUACAACUUUCCGUGACGGCAGAGAAGAGGAAUGCUUAGUUCUAAGAUUUCACCAAUGCUCACUUACCCCGAAGAGGCCUCAAUCCCCAUUCUACGUGCUCGUUCCAUUGAAUGUGAUCCCUAUAUUUCAGUAUCAACGAGCAGUGAGUCAUUAUGUCACAAAGAACUCCGUGCAAUUCGAUCCUGUUGAUUUCGACAUUAUUGAUCACAGUGGCUACCGUAUCAUGCAAGCGAGCCUCUACCCGGAUAGCAUGAUAUUGAACGAAGGAAAACGAAAAAUCUGUGAUGUUACGCUCGCAAAUGACGACGAUUCGCCUAACUUUAUUGCAAAAAUCGCACAUCCAGUAACGGGUAUGACAGUAUACGAGUUGCGAGAGAUUGGUGGCAUCAUCACAAUACAGGCAAAUACGGACGACGAACUAAAUGGCACCCGAAUCGAAGCCAUUCGGCCAACAUUGCUGAGUAUAUUGUUCACUUGUGGAUGUGCUUUCACACGACAAAAAUGGAAUUUGAUCACUCAUGACGUCAUCACGGCGAUUAUCGAACCGAAGACGUCAUUCUUCGAGGAAAAUUCUGUCAAGGUAGGUACAUAUUUUAUAGGUGCAAUUUAG